CUGGGCCGGGCGGUGCGGAGAGGGGAGGCGGGCCAGGUCCUGCGGGAAGGCGGUGCCCGCCACAGCCCUGCGCCGCCGGGGCUGCAGGGCCCGGGAGCGCUUCAGCGGAUCCGGGUCGGGCCGCCGGCAGGGCGGGGCAGCUGGGCUAGUGAAAACGCCCGUUGUGACACAGGAGCCUCUCCAGACGGCCCAGGAGGCUUUAGCAUCUUUCAGUGCCUUAUGAGGCACAUUAUCUCACAUCUCCCUGCCAUCAAUGUGCCACUUUAAAAGCCAUGGAGCUGGGAAAGGCGAAGCUGCUGCGCACUGGCCUCAACGCCUUGCACCAGGCCAUUCACCCCGUGCACGGGCUGGCCUGGACGGACGGCAAGCAGGUGAUCCUGACCGCGCUGCAGCUGCACAACGGAGAGCCCAGCUUCGGUGACUCGAGCGUGGUGGGUCAGUUUGAACACGUGCACGGGCUCUACUGGGGCCCGUGUCCCGCCGAGGCCCCGGCCCUGCUGGCGGUGCAGCACAAAAAGCACAUCACCAUCUGGCAGCUCUGCUUCAACGGCGCCGACAGGAACAAGCUCCUGGUUUCCCAGAUCUGCGACAUCAGCGAGCCGUAUCCCGUGCUCCCCCAGGGCUGCGUGUGGCAUCCCAGCAAGGAGGUCUUGGCCGUGCUGACCACCCGGGACGCCUCCGUCUUGCCCUCCGUCCACCUCAACAACUCCAGAAUUAACGCGGACAUCAAGGGCAGCGGGCUCAUCCACUGCGCCUGUUGGACCAAGGAAGGCAACCGCCUGGUUGUGGGGGUGGGCAGUGCCCUCCAUUCUUACAUUUGGGAUGAUGCUCAGAAAACACUCAGCGCUUGCUCUUUUUGUCCAAUCUUUGAUGUGGGAGGCUACAUCUGUGCCGUGGAAGCUACACAGAAUUUACAAGUCGCUGUUGCCACCGAGCUCCCUCUGGACAAGAUCUGUGGCUUAAAUGCUGGUGUUGCCUUCGAAGUUCCAUCGAGCGUUGAAACUGAGUCCUUCCCCUCACAGUCCAGCUUGUGUGGGGAGGAAGAGUAUUCCUUGGAUGGAGGGAAGAAGUCACUGGACUCUGAGAAGCCCUUGUCUGUAGUUACAUCUCCUGUGGACCUAACUCACAUACUGUCUAGCAAGCAGAGUGCUGAUUCCAGCCCUCUCCUUCACCUGAGGCCCAAGGACUACCUGACGGGAAGUGGCCAAGAUUCCUCACACCUCAUCUUGGUGACUUUUGAAAGAAAGGUUACCUCUACUAAAAAAGUGAGCAUCCCAGGCAUUCUUGUUCCUGAUAUAAUGGCUUUUGACUCCAAAACUCAAACUGUAUCUGUUGCCUCCAAUACUUGUAAUGUUAUUUUAGUCUAUUCACUGACUUCAUCCAAUUUACCCAAUAUUCAACAGAUUCAGCUAGAGAAAAGUGAGAAGCCAAAGGGUUUGUGCUUCUUGACCAAUAAAUUGUUACUGAUACUGGUUGGAAGACAAAAAUUCACUGACCCUGCUUUUCUUCCUUCUUCAAGAUCAGACAAAUACAUGAUCCGAUUGAUGAUUAAAGAACUGAUACUUGAGAUGGGUCCUUCAAAAUCUGUGUCAGCUGAUGGCAGCUCCAGUUUGAACCUUUCCAAUGUUACUCCUGAUCCCUCUAGAGAUGUCCACCCUCUCAGCCGUGGGCUCCUGAUACCAGAUCGCUCUGCCCUUCAGUCCCCCACAAGCCGAAGGAAACUCAUUGAAGAAAUCAAGAGUCCUGCUUAUGAACAAAACUUGGUGUUGAACAUCAGCGACUUCAAAGACAAAAAGAUUUCCAUUAAUUUUCCUCCAGCUGUCGAGACUCUGGAUGCUGAGCCAGUUAAUCGGAGCAUUGCGCUGUCUAAUGCUUCCAACAAGCCAACAUCCCCAAAAAGGCAGCAUGAGGCAGCUUCCAAAAUACCCAAUUCUUACAAGAAUAACCUGUUCAGUGAGAAGGAGGCGAGUUGCUUUUUAAAAAAUGUGGAAAAAUUGUCUGGUAACUUCACAGAAUUGCAGCACCAUCUUUCUGAAUUAACUGAGCUGCUAAAAUCUGGGAAGAGAAGUCUUCCAGUAUACCCAUCUUCUCAGGAGCCCUCAUUUAUUAAGAUCACCUGCCAGAAGCAGCUUUCCAAAAGUGAUGCAGAUGAAAGUCGGACUGUUCUUCUCUGUGGUGGUAAACUCCGCCUAAACAUCGUGCAGCAGAUAUUCAACCUCUCCCUGGUAGAAAUGCAGCACGGUUCCUCUUGGAUCGUUCUCACAGCGGACAGCGAGGGCUUCAUCCCGUUAAUGUUUACAUCCACACAGGAGAUCCUCAUCAGAGAUGCCACUGCAAAAGGCUACAGCGCCCGCUCCUCCAAAACUCUGGACAUCAUCAGUUCCACUCAGGGGUGUAGAUCCACUUCUUCUGAAAGCCUGGAUAUCACCAGUUCUCUGGAAGUCCUGAGGGACUGCUCCUCCAAGACCUUGGACAGCAUCAGCCCAUCAGAACAGCCCAGCAAUUAAAUGUAGUUUUUGACAGUGGUUUUGUAAUGCCUCUCUGAUGAUGGGAGGCUUUUAUGUUUACUGUAUGGGACUGUGAAUUAUCAACAACAGUCUCAAAUCUCUGUACAAUUUCUAUAAUUUUUUGUUGCAUUGUAAAUUAUUUAUUUGAUCCUUGGAAAUGUUAACUUUUUUUUAUACUGAGCAGUGUUUUUUAACUAUGCCUCUUGCAGUACAGAUGAGGUUGAAAAUGUGCAUUCUUAAAAGUUUCUGAGCUCAAGUUUCCAUCUUGGUCUUUAAUACAUUGGUGGUUUUAGAUAAUAGUAAACUUGGAUAAUAAAGAAAUCUUUGAAAA